AUGGGCCUGAACGAAGUAGAGCCUGUCCGGAAGGCAGAUGCCAGACAUGUACGGCUGUCAGUUGACCAGGGACGCAUACCGCUACAUGCAAAAGGUUAUUCCCGUAGCAAACAAGUCUGGUUUGUUAACCCACUCGAUUUUCAGCGUGUGGAAACGCACAAGGAGUUCAACCUGGCGCUCGCCGUCAAACGCCAGACUAUCACAAACGGACUCAAGUAUUCUCUUGCCACUGGCAAUUCGGGUGACCAGAAGAAAUCCAGGUCUUCAAAGGCAGGAGUGUCACAAGUGCUCAACCGCACACUUAUGCGUCUACAUCGUCCCAUUUCUAUCGGCGUAAUACUCCUCUUGGUUGUGAAGGAAAGAUCGCCAAGCCACGUCAGCUACACAAUACCCAUUGGGGAAUGGUCUGCCCUGCAGAGAUACCCGAAGGGCAGGCCUGUGGGCUGGCCAAGAAUCUCGCUCUUGUGUCCUGCAUCUCUGUUGGGUCCUACUCUGCACCCGUCAUCGAGUUUUUGGAGGAGUGGGAAUCGCGGAAGAGAACGCACACCCAACCACGCCAUUCACGAAGGUACCACGCCGUGUACGAAGGUAUUCGUGAACGGUGUAUGGAUGGGUGUGCAUCAUGAUCCAGCGAACCUGGUCAAAAAACUUCGGAGAAAGGAUGAUAUCUUCGAGACAUCCGAGAAAGAGAACUGCGACUGUAUACCGAUGCGGGUCGGGUUUGCCGACCUUUGUUCAUCGUGGCAAACCAGCAACUCUUACUCCAGAAGAAACACGUCAGGUGGCUCACCAACGGCCAAAACGAUGAAGGAUCUGAGUAUAAGCGGGAGCACCUUGUGA